GAAGAAAAUUUUCAAAUUCACACAAAACCCAAUUCAAUCCUCCUCCUCCUCCUCCACAACCCCCACCACCACCGCCACCGCCACCGCAACCAUCUUUUCUUCCUCCUCCGUCGGUUCUUCUUACUCUGCCAAUUUCUCCUUAAUUUCCCAUAAAGCCCCUCGCCUUAUCCGAAAAUGCCCAAUUCCCACUCUUCCACAUAGCAAACCACCACACCAACCACCACCACAACACAAACCCUCCGAUCCCGGCGCAAUCGAAAGAUGAUCGUCCGCACCUACGGCCGCCGCAACAGAUCAAUCUCCGGCACGUGCUCUGGCUCCUCCCUAAACGACGACGCAUCGAGGGACUCCCUCUCUCAAGAACACGACGACGACCCCUUCUACAGCGGCGGCGGCGGCGGCUUCGCGUUCUCGUCGCAGGAUUCCUCCUCGCAGUGGUUGCUUUUCGAUUCGGAGCCGAGCUCGAUCGACGACGUGUACGGCGGCCGCCAGGAGUCGAAGAGAGUGAGGAGGAGUGAGAGAAACGGGAUCUCGAUUCCGGCCACGACGUCAACGCUUAUGGAGGCGCAGGAGUUUGGGGAAAUGAUGGAGCAUGUUGAUGAGGUUAAUUUCGCCCUCGAUGGGCUCCGUAAGGGUCAGCCUGUGCGGAUCAGAAGGGCGAGCUUGGUGUCGCUCUUGUCAAUUUGUGCCACCACGCAGCAGCGAAGGCUCCUCCGCAGUCAAGGGAUGGCAAAGACAAUUGUUGAUGCUAUUUUGGGCCUCGGUCUGGAUGAUUCUCCUAGCAAUCUUGCUGCUGCAACCCUUUUCUACAUUUUGACCAGUGAUGGUCAAGAUGAUCACCUCCUUGAAUCACCUGGUUGUGUUAAAUUUCUAAUCAAGUUGUUAAGACCAAUUAUCUCCACUGUUAUUAAAGACAAAGCACCAAAAAUUGGCUCUAAACUACUCUCAUUGCGGCAGAAUGAUGGCAUGCUAAAAAAUACAACAGGAAGAUUCGACUCCAGUUCUGUUGCAGUAUUUUCUAGCGUUCAAGAAAUUCUAGUAAACUGCAAAGAACUAAAAACAGUUUGUCAGAAUGACAGUUGUGUUGAAAGGCCAGAAUUAUGCCCUAAAUGGUUAGCAUUGCUGACCAUGGAGAAGUGUUGUUUAUCUGCCGUUUCUCUCGAUGAAACCUCUGGCGCCGUACGGAAGACCGGUGGAAAUUUUAAGGAAAAACUAAGAGAGUAUGGAGGACUUGAUGCAGUCUUUGAAGUUGCCAUGAAUUGUCAUUCAGAUUUGGAGAAUUGGAUGGAGGAUAGUUCUCUGUCAACCAAAGAUUUGAGAAAUGACAAAUGUCUAAAGAGCCUAACCUUGCUUCUCAAAUGCCUGAAGAUAAUGGAAAAUGCUACUUUCCUAAGCAAAGACAAUCAGGCUCAUUUGCUUGGAAUGAAAGGAAAGUUGAGUCCUCAGGCAACCCCAUUUUCUUUUACAGAGCUGAUUAUAACCGUCAUAAAGAUCCUCUCAGAACUAUGUUUACGUCGGGGUGCCUCUGCUGCUGCAUCCAAUAAUGAUAGCAUGCCUAAUGAUCCUUUCUCUAUGGGCAGUCAUGACUCUGAAUUGGAUCAAGUCAGAGAUUAUAAAGAGAAUGAGACUUUAUCCGUUAGUUCCAGCAGUAAAUACGGCAGCGUAGAGAGAGCCUCUUCUAUUAAGAGUUCUAAUGUUACGGAAAACCGCCGACUGUUGACAUGUAGACAGUUGGACAGUUCGCUAUCCAUUUCUGAAACUCCCAGCACAUCAACUUCUGAUACUUAUUCACUAAAUAUGAGGGUCAAUUCUUCCACGUCUGGGUCUCAUAGUGGUGCGUCAAAGAGUUCAUACCGUAAAACAUCUGUGAUCCAAAAUAGUUCCAACAAGAAUGUACACUCUACGAAAGGUGCGGCAGUUGUAAUCUUGGAUGAUAACCAAGAUCCCUUUGCAUUUGAUGAGGAUGACUUUGCACCGUCUGGGUCUAAUAGUGGUGCGUCAAAGAGUUCAUACCGUAAAACGUCCGUGAUCCAAAAUAGUUUCAACAAGAAUGUGCACUCGACGAAAGGUGCGCCAGUUGUAAUCUUGGAUGAUAGCCAAGAUCCCUUUGCAUUUGAUGAGGAUGACUUUGCACUGUCUAAAUGGGACCUACUAUCAGGGAAACAGAAAAUACCUCAUUCUAAAAAACAUGAGGUAGAAAACAGAGAAUUUGAAAAUAGAUGUCAAUCUCAAAGCAAUAUGAGCCAGCAAGAACUAAGCCAUGGGGACAUCAAUUGUUCCAGUUCUGAAGUUGGUGGUGAAGAAGGUUCCAGCCUUCUAACUGAUUGCCUUCUUGCUUCUAUUAAGGUGUUGAUGAAUUUGACUAAUGACAACCCUGUUGGCUGUCAGCAAAUUGCUGCCUAUGGAGGACUAGAAACUAUGUCUAUGUUGAUUGCUGGCCAUUUUCCUUCUUUCAGCAGCCCAUCGUUAUCCUUCGCUCUGAUAAAAGAAAAUACUUCAAGAAGUGUGAAAGACCAUCAAUAUGAUAAGCAUCUCACUGAUCAUGAGUUAGAUUUUCUCGUUGCUAUUCUAGGCCUGCUUGUAAAUCUAGUUGAGAAGGAUGGUCGCAACAGAUCGCGUCUUGCAGCAGCUAGUGUCCUGCUACCUUCUUCAGAAGGUCUGGACCAGGAGGUUCAGCGGGAUGUUAUUCAAUUAUUAUGCUCUAUUUUCUUAGCUAACCAGGGUGAACAUGAGGGAGCUGGGGAAGAUAAACAGUUUGUACUGAAUGAUGAGGCAGCUGUUCUACAAGGUGAAAAAGAAGCUGAGAAAAUGAUUGUGGAAGCUUAUUCUGCACUGCUUCUAGCAUUUCUUUCCACUGAAAGCAAGAGCAUCCGUGCAGCAAUUUCGGAGAAUCUUCCAGGGCACAACUUAGCGAGUCUUGUACCUGUGUUGGACAGAUUUGUGGAAUUUCAUCUGUCUUUGGACAUGAUUUCACCAGAGACUCAUAAAGCUGUUAGCGAGGUCAUCGAAUCGUGUAGGAUUCGCAAAAGCUGAAAUCGAAAACUCUGUACAGCCACAGCUUACAUUAGGGUUUGUUGUUACUCCGGUGGAAAUGUGACUGCUGCAGCUCACUUCAUUGCAGAGUAUGACCAAUGUUUAUACUCUGUUCAUAGAGCUUAUACCCUUAUUUUUAUAUCACCAUGCUGGUGAUGCUUGUAUAAAAAAAAUCAAUAGUGGGAUGCGUUCCUAGCAUAGUUUGUGUGUAAUCAAUACUGGUAAUUUUUUUUUUUUCCUUUUUUUCAUUUUAUUCUUUCAUCUUGUAUCCGAAGCUUAUAUAUUAUGUCUCAAGUUUUCACA